CAAGGUGCAUAACUUAAAGAAAGAGCUCUCUGAGACCAAGAGAACGUGUAAUGGGGCAAUGAGAGAGUGUGAGCAAGAGCGGGAGGUUUACAGCAUCAUGCAGUCUCAGUGUGAUCAGAUGAAGGAAACUCUAUCUGACCUAGAGAAAUCUCAUACGGUCUCUCUGGCGAAAGCUGUGGAGAAAUACAACCAGGCGAUGGAGUCCAACGUUCAGCUGGAGAACAAGAAGUCGGACCUGAUGUACCAGGUGCACAAACUGGAAGGCACAGUGCAGCAGCUGGAGGAGAAGCUCUCUGAUUCAGCCAUGAUGUGUGGUGCCAUAAAACAGGAGUACGAGCAAGAGCGGCAGGCUUACAGCAUCCUGAAGUCACAGUACAAUCAAAUGAAGGAAACUCUACAACAUAACGAUGAGCCACCGAGUGCAUCUUUGGCUGAACCUGAGGAGAAACACGAGCCGGCGAUGGAGUCCAGUGCACAGCUGGAUGACGAAAAGUCUGAGCUGAUGUUCCAGGUGAACUCACUACGAUGUUUAGUGCAGCAGCUGGAGGAAGAGCUUUCUGAGCCAUGCAGGAAUUGUGAAGAGAUAACAGAGAAGAGAGAUACAAAGCUUGAGGCUCCUAAUACCCUGGAGAUGCAGAACAAGAUGAAUGGACUCUAAUCUAUGAUGACUUACUAAAAACUAUUGCAUAGGACCAUCCUGUGAUCUUAUUAACACUGGAGAAACCUCCAGGGUCAGUGUUUAACACCUGGGUAUGUAAAGUCAUAUGAUUACAGUGUUCUGGUUCUUACUAGAACCCAACACUUAUGUCACAAUGGUCUGGAACCUGCUUAUCAAAUCCCAACUAGUGUUCUCUUACUCUUCACUGCUGGGCCCUGAGAGGUUUAUCCGUUGUGAGUGGAGCAGAGAAUUGGUGCCAUUAAGGGCCCAACCCAUGGGACAGAUCAUAGAAGCUUGGGUUACAUUUGGGGCCCUGAGAGCUCAGUUCUAAGCACCAGUAGGGUAACAUUCAAACAGCCAUUGGCUCAAGUUUCAUAGCAAUCUAAGUUGUAGAAAGAACAUUAUUCAUAAUCACACUCUCCACUGUUUAUGGUAAUUCAGAUUCUCCAGAGUUUAUAAUAAUUUAUAAUCACACUCUCUGGUGUUGGCCAAAUUAGGAUGGGUUUCCUUUUGAGUCUGGUUCUUCUCCAUCAUACCAGCUAAUGUAGUUUACAGUAAGUAUUAUGUCACUGUUGUCAUAUGACUUUGCGUUAAAGGUUUCAGCACACAAGAGAUUACACGGGUGUUAUUCACUGUCCCUGGUGGUUAGUAGCGUGAAACAGAACGACUGUUAACAUGGAGGUCCUCAAGAUGAAGUGGAUUAAAUAAACAUUCCUGCAAAAAAAGUCUCAUUUGAUUUGUACAGUUUAAAUCAACUUGUACAGUAUGUGAAUUUAUGAAGUUUAUUGAAUUUAUUGCAUUAAUUUUAAUCAAAUAGAUCAUUCAGAGGGAAGUAAAAUAACACAAUUUUGUUAUUUAAACAGGGUUUGUUAUUACAAUAGAUGAUAAUGUCUAGUAUAGAAUUAUUUACAAAACUGGUUUGUAAGUGAAUUGUGUCACAAUAUACAGUGCCUUGUAAAAGUAUUCAGACCCCUGAGCAAUUAUCUCAUAUUACUGAAUUAAAA